UUUAAAAUCAAAACAAAAAGUCGCUUUGAAAACAUUUUUUAAUGCUGAUUUGUGUAAAAUAGCAGUAAUAGCUUAUACAAAAAUGGGAAAAAAAUUGAUCUGCUUCUGAAGUUCAUAGAGAUGACGGUCCUAGCAGAGAUGUGGGGGAAGCAACAAAUCACAGAAACAACCUCGGUAGUAAAAAGCAGUAGACGUUCAACGUCAUCGGCUGCUAGCACACGACGCUCUACGUUAUCCAGUCGGCAAUCGUUAGAAUCAAGUCGUCCGUCAUCAGCUGGCAGUGGACGGCUGUCUGCAGCUUUAUCGGAUUAUCUCGAGCGUCCUGCAUCUGCAGCUUCCAGCAGUAGCCGCAAGCAUAGAGACAGAUCCAUUCAGAGACCCCCAACAGGUGAUGAACCCAGGGUUUUAAAGCGACGAGUAAAACAAGAGAAAAGGUCUAAAUCUGCGGAUUUCCGUCGCAAAAGGAGAGGUUCUUUUCAUGAAAGUAUACCGAAAUCAAAAGAUGAUUUAGAUCCAGGUAUUUUUACAGUCGUAGGACGUCCAAAUAAUCCUUGGGGCGACGAGAACUUAAAACGUAACAAGAGUGUACCAAAUUUAUCACAUAAUAACAAUCGCACUGUUUUACAAUCCACUGAAAAUUUAUUUAAAGAAGAGACACUUAAGUCAAAAUCAACACCUGAUCUGAGGAAAACUGAAGAAGAGAAACCAAAGCUAGAACGAAAAAGAUCAACAAAGAAUAUCUAUAUCAAAUCUGUACGUUCAAGCACGAAAGAAGAAACUGAGACAAUAAGUCAUAGCGAAAGCACAACAACAAGUGUCAGCGUUGUUAAUAAGCAAGAGGGUGAGGAGUUACUUGACAAUAAACCAGAAGUCAAUGGACUCAUUGGAGAUGGAAAAAAAUUGAUCAGAAACCAAGAGGAAAAAGAAGAGGAAAAAGAAGAGGAAAGAGAGGUAAAGGAAGAAGAAAAAGUUAUUUUAAACACAGAAAGUGUUACGACUGAAUCUGUAUCACAAGCUGAAGACGUUGUUUUUCUAAAUAAGCCAAAUAAAAUCAGUGCACUUGACAUCGGGCAUCUUGAAAAAAGGGAACCCGAUUCGGAACUCCAGUCAACUCAAGAUCUGCAAACACAAGUGCAAGAGUUUCAAAAAAGUUGUGAUAAUUUAUUGGAGGAUAUUCAAAGCAUACCUGUUGACAGAAAACCACGUGAGAAAACCGUCCAAUCAGAAACACAGCUCACACAGCAGGGAUUAGAAAAAAAAUUAAGGGAAGAACAAUUCACAAGAGAAGUUGUUCUCCACGAGAAGCGCCAACGAAGAGAAAUUGUCUUAUCACGUUUCUCCUCGGAUCUUCCUACUGAUUUAAUCGAUCAAGGUAUAGAAAUACUGAAGGAUUUUAUCAAGCAGUUGAUAUUAGAAGAUAAAAUCCGAAAUAUAGUUUCAAUAAAAAGAUUUGCUUCGAGUACCGAAGUAGAAUAUCACUCUGAUCAAUUCGAAGAAGAAGAAGAAGAGAUAAACAUGUACCGUAGAAGUCUACAGGAAACCGGACUCGGUUUAGAGCGACACUCCUCCAUGCCAGAAAUGUCCAGAGACGAAUUCUUGGAGAAAAGAGAGGAAAUGAAAAAGAAAGGCAUAAAAAGAAAUAACAGCUUAACAAACGUGUCUGGAACACCAAAGAAAAGAGUUAUCAAAACCAAAGUAUCAAGUAGAUUGUUGCAAUCAACUGCUGCCAGUCAGGGAAAACAAAAGUCCAAGAUUGCAUACGUGCCACCUGCCAAAAGAGGCGAUCCAGUUUGGACUGAUCAACCUUUGAAAAAUGUGGACAGUGGGUAUUCUUCCCAAACGUUUGUCAAAUACUACGAUGAUGAACCGCCAAGAAACAUUAUUCACUCCGCUAACACUAUCGUGGACGACCACGAGAGGUUUGAAUGGAAGCCCAACUCGAGAAGAGCUUACGAGGAGCAUCGUCGAAGUGAAAGCCAGGAUGAUGCGAGAUACUAUGAUAUCAAUAAUAAUUACGACCAUCCAGAUGGGCCGCCUGAAAAUAAAUAUGGUAGCUAUGAAAACAAAUAUGGUAGCUCUCCAGGUAAUCAAAAUAAAAAGUUUCCACCUGAAUGGUCACCGAAAAAGUUUCACAGGCCUCAAUCAGAUGAUGAAGAAGAUCCACGAAAAUUGAAGACGCCAUUCUAUACAAGUGGAUCCCCUAGCUUAGCGAAAAAUCGAGCAUAUGGGGAAAGUAGCCGCGACGGUGAUUUCUCAUAUGCGCCUUUCACAACAUUUGGAAGCCAGGGUAAGGUUCUGUCUGCAUUUACUUCGACUUCGAGUGUUCACGAAUCCAACACGUUUAAGUAUGUUUAUACCAUUGACGCUGAGCUGAGUUAUCGAGAAUAUAACAAAUUAAUGAGCAUUAUCAACAUGCUGCAAGAACAGAAGAAGAAAUGGGAAGAUGAAGUACAAGAAGUCCGAGAUAAGCUUGAGAAAACUGGUAAAGAAAAAAUGCAGCUUGCUCAUAAUAAUCACAUUCUGAGACAGAGCUUAGAAGCAGCAAAUAGAGCGAUUAAAGAGAUUAAUGGUAAAGUACAAGAGCUGAAGCAAACUUUGGUUCCAUUGAGAGAAGAAAACUCAAAUCUCCGCGAAGAGAACGACGAAAUAAAGUCAAGAAUGGAUUUGACAAAGAAGGAUAAGAUUACCUUUUUAAAUGAGAUUCAAGAAUACAAGAAGAUGCAGUUGGUUUACGAAGAAAAAUUAAAUGUUAAAGAUCUUGAGAUGGAAGAUUACAAAAAAAGCAUGCAUGAGAAGUUUCGAAAUCUUGAAGAUGCUUACAGAAAUUAUCGAGACGACAUGGAAGAAAAACACCAACAGCUAAUAAGUGAAGUUGAACAAUUACGACAAUUAAAUGAGAACUUGAAAAGAGAGCUGGAAGCUUUAAGAAAAGAAAAUUCUAAUUUAAAGAAAGACAUAGGUGAACUCCAACAGAGAAACGAACGUCUUGAAAACGAAUUAAGACAAAGGAAAAACAUUGACGAGGAGUUGGUUACCGUCGCGAAAGAAAAGCAGAUGCUUUCAGCAAACACAAAAGACUUAGAAGAAUUGUACAGAAAAGAAAUUGAAAAAGCGAGCCAAGAAAUUGAACGAACAAGAUUUGAGAUUGACAGAUACAAAGACGAGACCAGAGCAUUAGAAGGGGAAAAUGACCAACUAAAGUUUGACCUAGAAACUUUGGAAAAUAGGAUAAAGGAUCUGGAGAGUACAAAUGAAAUGAAAGAAAACGAAAAAAACAUCGAAAGACAACAGAAUGAAAUAAUGAAGAACGAAAUAGAUGAAUUGAAGAAGCAGCUACAAGUUUUGGGGGCUUUGAAACAAGAAAAGAUCAUGCUGAAUGAAGAGAAAGAAAGGUCUAAAGGACAGUUGGAAAAUCUUCAAAACCAACUCAUCGAUUUAGAACGAGCAAAGAGAGAAUGUUUCAUCAAUGAGCAUGAAAAUCAAAGGUUAAAGUCGGAGUUGGAACGACUCAAGCACGACAUGCAAGAUAUCGACCACUUGAAAAGGGAACACGCUUCUGAUUCUGCAGAAAACAAAAAGUUAAAGGCUGAAUUACAGCAUUUAAGAAGUCAACUAGGGUUACUAGAAGACAAACAAAAAUUCAUUACAAGCCCUUACAAUGAUGAGAUCAAAUCCGAGUUGGAAAAUAUCAGAAAUCAAAUGAGAGACCUUGCCAACAAAGAUCAAGAGAGGAAAGUAGAAUUAUACACUGACGAAUUGAAAGGCGAACUAGAAAGUCUUCGAAAUCAAAUCAAGGAAUUGGAUAAUAUGAAUCGUCAACCGCCACCACCGGUUCAUGUGCACCCACAACCAAUUUACAUGGCACCACCACAACAACCAAACACUGUCACGCAGGAUACGACAAAUACAAUUAUAAAGUCGGAGAAAGAGAGAAUAUCAGAGAGAGUUAUCUAUAUCAAAGAUGAGAAUGGAAAUUUAAGAGAAUUAAAGAAGGAUGAGAUAGACAUGCAUGAAAAUGUAGAACAACAAAAAAGCCAAAUGGUUAAUGAGGAUGAAAUAAGUGUUGCGUCAGAAAUACAAGUGGAAUCUGCGAUGCCUGUGGACUUGAUGAAUGACAAUGACUCUAUUGACAUUGUUACCAGUAGCCAAGAGGACCUACAAAAUCCAAGAAGACCAAAUGGAUCUUUAAGUAGUCAAUCUGAAUUACAGAAUGGACACAAGUCAGAUAAGAAUUCAACAUCCUCCAGACCAAGCAGUACUGACACCUACGUGUUGAAAUCAAGUGAAAUUAGCAGAAGAGAGAGAGAAAAGAGUGAACGUUCUCGUUCAGAUGGAGAAUUUGCAACACAGGAUCGAGGUGGAAGAUCAGAAAGGAUUGGACAUCGAAGCAACGAAGAGGAAGAAGACGCAACCAAAGCAAAACAAAAACAAAUCGAGGCAAGAAUAAGACGUAAGAGGGAGCAACGGUCAGACUGGGCGUUAAAGACACCUGACAUCCACCAACUAAAGCGCUCUUCAAUGGAAGAACUUGAUAAAGAAGAACAGUUUGAAAAUGACAAUCGAAGAAGAAGAAACAGAUCACGAUCAGCCGGUGGACGAUCUCGCUCAGCGGAUCCGAGAUCACAUAGAUCACUGGAUAGAAACUUUACUAACUCGUUGGAUCGAUCUGCGUCCUUUAAACACGCCCAGAAGGAUAGACCGAUUAGUAGAGGGGCGUCGCCAACUGGUGAACAAAGGCAGAACAGAACACAAAAAAGAGAACGAGGGCGCUCCCCAAAUAGAAGAAACAGAGAAUACACAGACUACGUGCAAAGUUACAAUAAACAACGAAACAACUUUUCUAGCGAUAGGAAAGACACCAUAGUACAAAAGAAUCAACGCUAUGCUGUGGAAAUAACAGUCGAUAACAGAAACAUAUCUGUGGAGAGACAACAAGAGAUUACAAGGCUAAUAAACGACAAGCAAAAUGUUCGUACAGUGAAACAGAAUCAAGAUGAUAGCAUGUCGCCUACCCGACGAAGGAGAGUUAAAAGUGGAGAAAGAAGGUUGAGUAGGGAGAGAAGGAGACGAAUGAGUGACAACUACGAAGAUAGCAGCUCUGAAGUUGAUGAGAGAAAACCACGCAGGAAGCAACCGACGAAAAAUAGGGAUAAUCCUAUACGAAGUGAGACAUAUCGCGAUGGAAAUGCGUUUGAUGCCAGUGAUAUGUUGGCCGAAGCAAUGCGAUCUAGACAAGAGCAAGCAAUGACAAACAAAAUAGGAAGCGUUCGCAGAAUGGAAUUCAAAGAUAAUGUACGACAUUCACCAGCUAAUGACAUAUUGGUAGCACAGCAGCAACAACAACAACAAAAACGAAGAGAAGAAGAGCUUAGGAAACAACAGUUAUUGCAACAAGAACAACAAAAACAACAACAAUUACUGCAGGACAAACAAAAACAACAACAAUUACUGCAGGACAAACAAAGGCAACAACAAUUACUGCAGGAACAACAAAGGCAACAAAAAGAGUAUGAGCACCAGCUCAAGCAACAACAAUUGCUUCAUCAGCAACAACAACAACAACAAGAACAAAAACAACUUCUGCUGAGACACCAACAAUUGCAACAACAACAAAUGCAACAACAAAAACAACAACAACAAAAACAACAACAACGACACCAAUACGAAGAACGAAGAAACACAGAAACCAUCAAGUAUCACACAGAAAAGGUGAUGACAUCUACACACAGAAGUAACACUUUACCCUCACAACAAAAAGCUCCAGUAAAACCAAAGAGGAUGUUCGAGUUGGACAGAGGUUAUUUGACCGACUCGUCUAAACCAGCAAGAGUGCAAGGAAAAACCGUUAUGUCGAAGAGUCAAACAAAUUUAAAUGAUGAACGAAGCUUGGAGUUUGACUAUAGGAACAAAAACAGCCAACAGAAACACGUUCAAAACCUACGUGCAGAUGAAUCGAUUAAACUAACUCUCACGCCAACACUCGCAAAUAAAAAACAUCGAGAGGAUGAACUGUACGCAAAAAUAAAUAAGCAAAACUCUCAGUCUUACAAAAGUUUGACUGAACAAGACAUGGAUCAAGUUAAUAGAAUGGAAAGAGCAAGACAAAAACAUCUUCAAAAGAAUGCUCGAGGUCAAGAAGAGCGAAAUAUAGACAGUGAAAGAUCUCUACAUAAAAGUGCAAGCCAAUCUUCUGCAAAGAGCGUGAUCACGAUGGAUGGCAUCCCAAUAGAACGAUCUGGCAGAGACAAAGGUGUGAGAAGUGUGAUCCAGGAUGCUUCAUCUGUCAGUGUAAAGAAUAGCUUUAUUACCGAAAAAGAAGCAAAUGCGAUGUUUUCAAAAGCUGUCAAACAUGCGUCCUCGGGAGUAUCGCAAGAAAAGCAGAAGUCGCGUAACACAUACGAAACAGGAGGUAAAGGAGACUAUGUGCGACAUUCAUCAUGGAGUCAUCAAGACAAACAGGAAUUACGUCAUCACAAUAAAAAUCAAAUGAGCCAUGAAGAUUGGCAACGAGCUAACACAAUGCCGCGAAAUAUGAAAAAACAAGAUGAAAAUAUACAGAGAAAGAAAAUAUACAAAUCUUCUGAAGCACUGUCUAGUGUGGAGCAUCAAAAUCGGAGUUAUCGAGACACAAAAUUACACGGAGAAGUUCAACGUCGAAAUAAACAAACGUCACGUGACCCGACACACAGAUUAAGCGCCAUGUCUACCGACAGUUUGGGCGGGUUUUCGCAAAUUACAUACACAACAGUCGGCGACUCAAACUCUCGUUACGACGAUUACGCCACUCAAAUUGACGACGAUUUGUCAAAACGAAGUCCUAAUAACCAGUACGACAGAAAUCAAAAAUAUCAGGACGAAAGCGAUAUAUUACGCCACGCUAAAUCAAUUCCCAAGGGACACAGUAAAUUUCACUGUGAUAAAUGUCGCGAAUUAAAUUUACGAACGCCGAAAGGAGAGCCAGUUAGAUUUUGUUGGGAGAGAUAUUACCCUAUAAGCGAGACCACACCCAGGCCUAGCCUGCAAAGUUUACACCGAGUUUAGAACUUUAUAAUUACAACAACUUUUACACUUAGUUUCUUCUCACAGAACAGGUUUUAUCUCUGAUCGAUGUUCGGUUAACAUAAUCUAUUUUAAAAAUAGGAACCGUUCAGUUAAAAUUUGCUAAUAUAAUUUGCAAACAAAAGGGUUUUUCGCACAUUUUCUAUAAUUUUUCGGUACGAUUGUGCAUACUAUUUUAGAAAUAUUCUAUUUUACUAUCACUAUUAAGGUGGUUUACGAAGACCAAGUGCCAAAUUAGAAGUUUCAGAUCUUAAAAAGAAAUAAGACACAACCAAGAAAAAUUUUUAAAGAAAUUUUUUGUCCAUCUGAAUUCGUGAAACUUUUGGGCACGACAAAUUUUCGUGAAAAGCUGAUGCGUCAACAAUUGAUUCGCAAAAAUGUAAAGUUUAUCAAAUUUUUAGUUUUGAAAGAUAUGCAAUACUCGUAAGAAGCUUUUUUUUAUUUGAAAGGAUUGUGCGAAAGAAAAGUUUUAAAAAUUUCAUGAAUUAAAUUAAAUAAUGAACAAAAAACAAACAGAUUUUAUAGAAACUUUUUAAAGCUAAAGAAAUUAUCAAAAACUAUACAUAAAAGAAAAGAAAAGUUUUCGUAAUAAACACCUGCUACUUUUUAGGUCACAAAAAUUCAUUACAAAAUUCUUCAGUUGUUACGAAAACGAAGAAAAACAGUUUUUUUUUACAGAAAUAGCAACAUUUAACCUACAGAACAAUCUUUAAGUAGCCACGUUUUUUUGCAUAUAAUAACUUAAUUAAUCUUGUAUUAUAUUUGAUAAUAAAUUUAAUAAUUUAUCAACUAGGAGUAGUGAGUAUAAGUGCUUAUUUUUUCAGAACACUUGUUAAAGAAAUGUCACAUGAUAUCAUCACUGGAACUGUUUUCAUUGUUCGUUACUGACUGUGCAUGCAUGAAGAUUACUGCAACAUUUAUUGCUGUAAAAAUUUAUACAAAACUGAACACUAACAAUGUAUUGAACAUUUUCUCUGAUAUAAUUAAUUAAAGAUCCGUCAAAAUUAAUUUAAAUAUAAAAAAAUGUUUGGGACUUCUGUAUAAUAAAAUGGGGUAAAUGGUAAAACAAUGUCUCAUUAGACGCUUUGUUAAUGAUGAUAUCGACAUGCAGAGAUUAAAAUUCCUUAAUGGAACUAAUUUCCGCAAGUCAAAAAAAUGUUGCAUUUAUUUUGGCGAAUCGAACAGAUUUUGACUAACGAUUUAAUAGAAAGUGUGAAGUCUUAGGUUUCAAAAAUUUGUAUCUAAAAAAUGACUUUGUCAGUACCACUGGCUUCAGUAUUUAGUACAAAGCGGUAAAAAAUUUAAAAUUUCAUAAAGAAAUUAGUUUCCUCAAGGUAACUAAUUUUCCACGAAAGUUCAAGAUUAUACAAAUAUAUACGAAAGUUAAAACUAAAAUCACUAACCUACUUUAAAUAACCACCAUUACAUAAAAACUACCAAAUUAAAUAAUGCUUACAGCCUCUUAUAACAUCAUAACCUCAUAUCACAUAACUGUAUUAACUGGUAUUAUUUUGUUGCCCCUUCGUCAAUGCAUGGCUAUCAAAGCUGUUUGGCAGAAGUUCUUUCAAAAAACAGCGUUUGUAAUUUCUAUCGUUAUCAA